AUGUGUUCUCAGCCGAGUGCACCGACCUACAACAAGCUGACCGGCAGCGCCUUGGGCAAGUAUCAGCUGGCCGCCUUCCUCGGCGCCGAGAAGAAGGACGCCACGCGGUGCGGCCAGGUGUACAAGAGGUGCCCCUUCUCCACCGCGCAGCUGAUGAAGGCGCUGCGGUCCAUGGAAGAGCAGCGGCGCGACGUGGCGGCGGAGCUGCCGCUGGAGGAGUACUUCCAGCUGGUGGCGGCGGCGGACGUGCGCGGCUGUGGAUUGAAGCUGGUCUGUGAGCUUGAAGCCACCGACCCGAGCCUGCUGGCCGACGACCAGCGGCUGAUCCUUGCGCUGUUUAGGGACGCCGUGCUGCCGCCAACCAAGGAGGUGAUGGAGAGCAGCGCCAAGGCCCAGUACGACAUGGCGGCGUUCCUGGGACGCUCAGGCCGAAGCACCGCGUGUCAGGCGUUGUACCAACGCAACUGUCCGUACACCGUUGACCAGCUGAUGGAGGCGUUGCGUUCAGUUGAUGAGCAGUAGCUGGCGACAUCUGUCGUCAGGGAUGCGCAGCAGAGCUGGUGACUCAGUCCGAUAGGGGUGGGCAGUGUUCAUGAGGUCCGCCCGCUGGUUCGGUGCACGGUCGGACCUGGCUCACUAGGCACUCAAGCAUCAACCUUUUUUCAUUUCCCUGUAUGUUACCUGUGCUGUCUGUGUAAGCAUGCUGUGUACGCGAAUUGUUUACGCCAAUACCUGUAGCUUUUCCCUUGGAUCUCCUGCCGACGUUCAACAGGGGUCAUAUGUGAAUACAUUCAUCGAACUGCCAAAUAAAAGAACGCCAAGCGCUUAGUACUGACGGCGAACAUUUGUGUUGGCAAGCUCAGAGAGUUAAACAUUGGUCUGCCAACAUCGGACAGGUUUCAGUUCCGAAUGCGGUUUCCGUUCUCGUUGUAUUUGUUUGCUGGUAUCCUUCGGAGUGGGACGAGUAUCAGUGGGCUCCCACCGGCAAUCAUCAAACUGUCGAAAAGCGGCUCAAUCUAAGCAUCUGUCUUGACGUGCACGGUUGUGUUCGGUCUCUUUUCUCCUAUUCUUACACGUUCUGCUGAGAACCGGCACCAGUUUCCCAUAGUGAGCCCGUGUUUCAUCACAUCGGCGCCAAAAAGCCUGCCCACAUAUUGCGUUAAAGGUGCCACCACACCGCUGCCCAGCAUACUCAUUGAGGCGGUGACGUCAAAGCCCGAAGUGAAAUAAAAAGUAAAACAUUGAAUUACCUCGGGUUAUAUAUACA